AUGGUGAAACGUAUCAGUAAACAUCAUUACGUGGCAACACCUGGCAGUAGCAUACACCAUCACAGAUCAACGGAAACGCUACCGUAUGUGCACAGAGGAUAUUCCACCGAUGGUGAAGACAGCCAAAGAACUUUGUCCGAGUACACGAUCGCCACUGACAGACCAUCGUCUCGUGGUCAACGGACACCACCUAGAUCGAAGCGGUCCCGGAGUCUGGAGAGACCGUCUAGCAGCUCCCGAGCCAGGUCGGCGGCCAGCCACCAUGAUUCGGACGUUUACGUGACCAGUGCCGCGUACAGGCCACCGUCCGAAAUGAGUCGAGGAUCUCAUUACACCAGCAGGAGCAACCGGAGCAGGGGGCCGGCUCCCAGCCACUACUCGUACCGGAGCAAUGGUCUUGCCCCCUCCGAAGUGUCGACGGUCAAGUCCAAAAUAACGCGUAAACCAGGCGUCACCAUUGAGACUAUGUCGGCGCCAAAUCCGUUUUGCCCGAACACCAAGGGUAUGUGCUGCCUGAUGCUGCUGCUCAACCUGGGACUCAUAUUGGUCACGUUGGGUUUCGUCAUCGUCAUACAGUUUUUUGAACCUCUGUUCGUGUGGGUAUUGGGCAUAAUAUUCCUCAUUUUUGGAUUCUUGACACUCAUGGGCAGUCUGAUCUACUGUGUGACGGUGUGCAGAGACGCCAAAACGCCCAAGGAGGUGGCCAUGCAAAAUCACUACUGGACGCAUCAUUGGCAAAAGAGUUUCGGUGCGACACCAGAAAUACAUUACAAGACGGAGAAGUAUCCGCCACAGGCCAUGCACCACUCAGAUCACGACGAGUACAGCGAUCGAUUUUCAAUUGGCAAACAGUCGGACAGGCACAUGCACGGGCACAGAUACUAA